AAAAAAAAGGAACAGUGUAGUGUCGACUGUGUUGGAAUUUCCCGAGCUCCCUGGCGAGCAAUCCACAGUGCGAUAAAAAAAAAAAAAUACACUGACCGGUGUGUUGUAUAGUCUCGUAUCCCCUGUGACGACAGAUGCUGGGCGAGACAAGUGCGUGACAAAUAACGGUUCCGUCUGCCGUCGCUUCUGGGAACUUUGUACCCACACACGUACUGCCUAGGAUAUACAUACGUACACAGUCAUCGCUCCACUCCCAGCGAGCCACGACUCCACGAAAAAGGUGUCGCGGGCACGGCGAGAGCGAGUGGUGUCCAGCCCCUACGCCUCCAGCAGCAGCCGCCCCCAGCCACCGCCCCCAGCAGCUGCCACGGCUGCGCAGCCAACAUGAAAGUGAACCAGACUCCCGACGACCAGCUGCCGCUCAUGUUCGGCAGCAGUGGAACGCGCUUCGGCUCCAAGUCGCGGCCGACCAUGAUCUCCGCCAAGUACCGGCUCAAGGAGGAGCGCCGUAAGGUGCUCAAGAUAUCUAUCGGCAAGCUCAAGAAGAUAGAGGACCCCGAGAGCUCGCUGAGGCGUUCUGUGCUCAUCAACAACACAGUCAAGCGGUUACAGAAGGAGGCGCGCGAGGAGAAGAUGAUGAAGCAGCAGGUGCUGUACAACACUACCAGUAGCUGUUUCCUGGACGAUCCAGAUCCAGUCACGGCUUCAGUGCCGACAGCAACUACUACGACAACUCCCACGCUGACGGAAGCUUCUGUCGUGUCACCUCUGACGACCGGUGUCGUGGACCCACUGGUAACCCCAGCUUCCCCCGCAGUAGUCGGCACUGUGACUACCGUACCGUCCCCGAGCGGUGUCGAUCCGUCUUCGGCCUCGAUCACUUCCGUCGGCAGCGUAUCCGGUACCUCGGCAACGGCGCCAACUGACAGCCGGAAGAGGCCACUCCUGGAGGACGACUGCUGUGACGUACUCAGCCAGUUCUACAUGCCACCCACACCACGCAUGCUCACCUCUAUCGACGACGAGGACGAAGACGACGACGUCGUGGUCAACGUGGUGGACGUCGAGCCGCAGUCGGCGGACCCCGCGGCUACGGCUACCGGGACGUCAGCCGCACCUGCCGGUGACCCCACUUCGAGCCCCGCCACCUGUCCGAUCGACUCCCGGGAGCUGUGCAGUCCCGCACCGGCAAAGAGGCCCAAGUUCGAGGUGGCCAUCGAGGUGCCAGACCCGGCCACUGCGGAACUGGAAAGGCGACUCUUUUCGUGCGGGGGUGACGACUUGCGGAACAGCACGUGCUGCUGGUCCGCGACCACCGGCAUCCCCAGGGUACCCGCGCCGCACACCGACGAUCUGCGGCUCAGGUUUGCCGACAGCUCCAGGUCCGCGUCCUCUGGCAACUGCACCGAGUCCUCGACAGCAGAACAGCAGCAACAGCAACAGCAGCAGCAACCGCAGCAGUACUCUUGUGGGCACGCGUCCAUUUUCGGAGAGAUCCAGUCUGUCGUCUUCCACAGCUUGAUCGCCUCACUCGAGUCAUAACGGCGAAACUCUGGUGACGUGGAAUUCGGUGGCAGCCCGAGUGACUGUCAUAGAGAACUGUUCUGACGGUUGCUGUGUUGUAUUGGACUCCUUUGAGACUGCACCUACUCCACAGAAAAGAAAAUUUGAUGUGCCGUUUGCAAAGGCCACGUGCACGUAAGUGGAGCAGGGUUGUUUGGCAAGCUAGAAAGUGUCUUUCGAACAGAUACGACUGUCGACAGCUGUGGAAAGCCGAUACUCGAGGCGACGUGUGAGACCGAACUCUCGUGUACAGCACUGAGCUAUGUGAUGCGGAGUUUGGUUAGUCUCCUUCCUGUAGUGAAUUUCCUACACUGUAACAUUAUUUGUCACAAAUAUUGUGGGGUGGAUUGAACGGGAGAGAAAAACACGUCCACAUAAAUAGCCUGGUGGUUAGGUAUUGACUUCCAAGUGGUUAACAUUUGGAUCUUGUCGAUACUGUGCUCCAAAAAAAUGAGAGAAAAACUAGCGGCCCUUGUCUAGAUCUUCUGUGAAAUCACCACUGUCACACCUUUCCCAAUUUUAUUUUAUCCUUUUGACAUAUUGGGAGUAGAUAAAAAAAAUGCUGUGGGGGGCACAGAAUGUUAAAGGCAACUAAGUCAAUAGCAGUUUAGUUAAUGAAGGAAAGACUUCUUUAUAGAACAUUUAAAGGAAAUUGGUUUGGGACGUUCUUGAGACAUUUUGUGGACGAAACAGGCUGUGUAAUGUACAUAAAUGAUAUAUAUAAAAAAAUAUAUAUAUAUUUUAAAUUGUUCCACAGUUCUAAGAACUAUGUCUAAACAGCCUGACUGUGCUGCUAGAAAGGCAGAAUUUUUUUUUUUUUUUUUUUU